GCAGUUAUGUUUUGGCCCUGCUGUGGAGAGGGACUCCGGUCAAGAUGUCCUGCCCGGUCUCUCCGAUCAAGUCUCUGUCCAAGGGCCCGUCUUCGCUCUGCUGCUCCCCGUAUGGUUUCAACGUCAGACUUCCCGCUGCCCAGGAGCUGAGCAUUAAAGUCGGAGGAGAAUGGACCGCCAUGUUGUCGGCUCAGCACUGUGGCUACACGUUAGACCGCCAAGGUGCAGACCUGCUGCUUGCUGCCCCGUUCAUGACGUGUGGCAUCGCAGUCAAGGACGGACAACACCUACUUCACCUUCAAAUUGGAGAAAGUACCUUUUCUUUGGCCUGCCCCGUGUUUUCCUCCAGCGAUCCUCGUCUCACGGAGACCGUGGAGUCAUCCCCUUGGGACCCGCCUUUCUACCUGGCCCCGCCUUACUACCCCCACCCACCCAAUCAUCACGAGAAUUCCGGUCCCCAGGGGGCAGAGGUCCCUCCGAUUUUCACAUCUCCAACUCCUGAACCUGCUUUUGAACCCGCCAUGGAUGCACAGCCGCUCCCUCUUGACGCCCCCCAGCCGGACCCUGAAGACCACCGUUCUGUGGAGGAUUCAUUGGAGCACUUCGGAGCUCACACUUCUCCGGCGUCAACAGAUGACAUUUUUGGUUCAAGUCCGGCAUAUUUGGAUUUACAAGAGCUGCAUGGUGACGCCGCUUCACCGGUUCAGGUCGACGCCCGGUCUUUCCAACGCCCAGGCAAUGCCUUCAAUCCAUACUACCACUACUACCAUCACCCCAAAACUCCGAGUCCUCCUGAAGAUUCAGAUCCGGAUCUUGUGGCUCCUUUCUCUCACUUACCAUACCACUACUACUUUCCACAUAUUACUUGGGCUGGGUCCCAAACAUUACCGAAAAGUGAUACACAAUCCUCUGAUGGUCCUGUCCAAACCACAAUAAGCAGACUGGUUCCUACACCUCCAUGGCCUUCAGUCCAUCCGGGCCAUGACUCAGAUCCGUCUUUAGUGGAGACCGGUACAAAUGAACAGGAUGAUCUCCACGAAUCUCAUUCUGACGGCACCCAAAGUCCAAAAUCCUCUACCUCCGAUGAAAAGGUAGAAAUGAUGAAUGACAUGGAGACCGAGUCCAUGCCUGCGACUCCUCCAGUUCUCCUGUCAUUAGACGCUCCGUAUCCGGAUCAAUCUUCAUUUCCUUCCCCUUGUAAAUAUCACCAUGAUCCAUAUCACUACGAUCAGACGCAUUCAUCCGAAGAAACCGUAGACCUGCAUCUUCCCAACCACUCUCCGGUCGAUCAAUCCAACACCCCGACCACGGACGAGACGUACGACCUUCAUGAAGUGCAUCCUUACCACUUCUACUACUCUGCCAACGAUGACGGGAACUCUGAAGAAAGCACGAUCUCGGACUUGUCCCAGUCUUGGCCUCCGGACGUGUCAUUGGCUCAACGGAGUUUUACCCCCGAGAAGGGCAUUCCUCAGCCACCACAAAGUCAUUACUACGAUCUCUAUCCCUUUGAUAUCAGUCGGCAGCAUCUCCAACUCUUUGAGCACUCUGGUGUGGAAGCAGAAGUCGACCUCGAUGAAACGAUCGACUGCAGGACGGGACUUCAGUUUUUCCUCGUGGCGCCCGGCCACGCGGUGCAGAUGACCUCUGACCCCGACGUCCUGGGUGGCUGCGACGCCAGCGACCAGGUCUCGGACUUCCAUUCUCUUCAGGAAGAUUCUGCUGAUGAAAACACACCUGUCAGGUGGGUGACGGACUGGAGGUGGCCUGCAGCUUCCCUGGGGGAUCCCAGUCUCCCUGGGACCCAGUCCCCUCAACCUGCACCCCUUCAGGAUCUACCAACCACUGCCACUGUGCAGCUGAGGAUCGCUACAGACGAGUCCUUUGGCAGCUACCACCCUGAGGCCCGCCUUCCUCUCCGCUCCCUGCAAGGAAGACGGGUCUACCUGGAAGUGGGACUGCUGGAGCCACAGGAUCCUGACCUGCAGCUGCUGGUUCACUCCUGCCUGGCCUACACUCAAGGUCCAUCUACCCCGCCCACGCUUGUCUAUGACGGCUGUCCCGGCCGCGGUGAUUCUCAGCUGCUUCCUUCUCCACACAUCCACCCUCGCCACACCCGGAGGAUCUUGAUCUCUCACUUCCUGCAUACUUCCUCUCUGAACUACGGCAACCUGUCUCACCUGGAGGACCCUGAGGUCUACUUCCUGUGUGUGACACAAGUGUGCUCUACCACAGAAGGCGACUGCGUUGUUGGCUGCAUCAACAGUCCCCCAUGAUGAUGUAUGAACAUGAAAAUAAAAGCAUUAAUACACACAUGCCAUCUUUUUAUGCUGC